CCAGUCCCUACCUCCAGGCACCCACCUUUCCUUAGAUGCUGGACUUGGGUAAGCAAAUGGAGCCUCUGACCAUGCGCAGAGUGCACAGGGUGCACAGGGUGCACCAGGUGCCUAGAGCUAAUUCUUUCACACAUGCACAUGCACACCAGCACACACACACACACACACACACACACACACACACACGGACUGGCUGAUUUACAGUCAAUCUUUCAAAGUGCAAUUUGUCUAGGAGAAGCCAAUGUGAGGCCCAUGUGGGCUCCAACCAAUGGCGACACAGCACUCGCAGCUCAGCCAGUCUCGGGUCUGUAUUCUAAUGGGCCAUAUCUUUAUCAAGGAAAUGUCCCUUCUCUGAACUUAAAACUUCUGAUGGAGGGCCCCCAGACUCAGAGGCAGAGAAACCGGGUGCUCUGAGAAUGGGGAGCAGCACCCCUCCUUAGGCCCAGCGGGCAGAGAGGGAAAGCGGAAGGCCUCCCACCUUCUCCGGACACCUGACUUUCCAGAGGGCUGACGUAGGUGCCCCAUCUCUGAGGAAGGGCCGAGCCAGGGGGCAGUCGGAGGCUCGGGGUGAGAUGGGGGGACUCUGAUUUCCCAAACCUGCCCUGAGAUUUGGGGCCACCAUUUGAAGUGCUGGGCUCUUCGACUUCCGACUCGCUGACCUGAAGACCAUGGAGUCCAACCUGCAGGGGACCUUCCUCCUGAACAACACACAGCUGGCCCAGUUCUCAGAAAUGAAGGCUCCCAUGUGCCAGUACUCGGUGCAGAACUCCUUCUACAAGCUCAGCCCUCCGGGCCUUGGCCCCCAGCUGGCGGCUGGGACCCCCCAUGGAAUCACGGACAUCCUGAGCAGACCGGUCGCCACCCCCAACAGCAGCCUCCUCUCUGGCUACCCCCACGUGGCAGGCUUUGGUGGACUCAGCUCCCAGGGCGUCUACUAUGGCCCCCAGGUGGGGAGUUUUUCCAAGGCUGGGAAUGAGUACUCCACCCGGACCCGGAACUGCUGGGCAGACACAGGCCAGGACUGGAGAGGCAGCGCUCGGCCAUGCAGCAACACCCCAGACCCCCUGAGUGACACUAUCCACAAGAAAAAGCACACCCGCCCCACCUUCACAGGCCACCAGAUCUUUGCUCUGGAGAAAACCUUUGAGCAGACCAAGUACUUGGCUGGCCCAGAGCGGGCGAGGCUGGCCUAUUCACUGGGCAUGACGGAGUCACAGGUCAAGGUGUGGUUCCAGAACCGCCGGACCAAGUGGAGGAAGAAGAGCGCCCUGGAGCCCUCAUCCUCCACGCCCCGGGCCCCGGGCGGUGCGAGCGGGGACCGCGCGGCCUCGGAGAACGAGGAUGAUGAGUACAACAAGCCGCUGGACCCAGACUCGGACGACGAGAAGAUCCGCCUGCUGCUGCGCAAACACCGGGCCGCCUUCUCCGUGCUCAGCCUGGGCGCGCACAGCGUGUGAGCCCGGGCCAGCCGCGCGGACCAGCCUUCCCCUCCCCUCUCCGAGCAGCCCGCGGUGGGCAGGGACCAGAGAAGAGGAGUUUGGGGGGAGGGGGAGGAAAAGAGGAAAGAAGUAGAAAGAGGAGGAGGAGGAGGAAGCGAGGGGGACGGAUGGGAAGGAAGAGAGGGAUGGUGAGUGCCCCGAGGGAGGAGAUGGCGCGCCUCUCUGCCAUUCCUCCCCUCUGGGCUCCUUGCCCCGACAGCCCCGCUCUGAAGUGAGCAGGCAUUUUUGCAGCAGGGAUCCUGGCUGUGGAGCCCUCCAGACGCGCUGCUUUCCCCACCCUAAGGACCAGCUGGUUAGGGAGUCACACAAGGUACUGCGCACAGUGGUAGGCUGGGACUGCCAAGCAAAAGAUGGAGCCUGCGGUCCCGGUGUGCUUCCUAACGAUCCUGCUGCUGGGGCCGCGGGAGGAAAUCCACCUCUGCGAGGGGAGCGGGUCCUGAAACCAGGAACUCUUCUAAUGGUGAAUUUCAGGACCCUGUGGCCCGCAACUGCACUUUACUGUCAACGCAGAUCCCGCUGUAUCAAGGACGAUUUUGGGAAAGGGAUGAGGGUUUUGGCAGGCAGAGGGAAAACAGAUGAGAAAACCCUAAGGUUUUGUUGUUUGUGGGAGGUAUCCACCCUGGGCAUCCCUGGGCACCCUCAGAGUGUGGGAGCACCUCAGGACGGAGAGAAGGGCUCUGAACGCCGCACUCCUCCAAUAGAGACACGGGACUGGGCGAACCCCGGGCAGGACAAGGGGCUGGGAGUGCUGCUGGGUACCCAGGCUUUUAAAA